AUGUCAGCAGACCCCAAUCAAAGCUGGGGCAGCCUGCCGGCCUACCUCAAUCACACGGCAUACGCGGAUAUCUGGGAAUACAAACGAGACCUGUGCGAGAAUGUGCCCCAUUGGGUCAAGCAGUCUGCCCUAUACAACAAACCAGAGAGUAGCGAUACCACAGUGGCCCCGUCGCCUGAACUUGAGGAUUCACAAACCAACGACGGGCAAAGCAGUCAGGAAUUCGAGUCUGACUCUGAUUCGGAUGCCCAGGAUUCACGCAAGCCCUUUAUCAAGGCCCACAAGCGGAUUCCACUAGAAAAUCCGCCCCGUUUUGAGCAGCGUGAUGAUAUCGACACCCUUCCCGCAAUGCCACUGCCGUCGGCUUGGACGCAGAUAGACUCGUCGCCUCACCAAGUAUUAGAAUCAUUGCAGGUGAGCUGUGAAGGCGAAGAAGUCAGCGUUCGGGCUAAUCAUCCUAUACCGAAUGCGACAGGAGUUUACUAUUUUGAGAUCAAAAUCGAGAGCAUAGAGCCCAACUGCGAGGUGUUUGUAGGGUUCAGCGACUCCCGCAAGAUUGAUCGUUUAUCUGCAUCGAGAAGCCAAGAGCCAACAUUUUGUUUACAAGUAUCGGACGGUCAGAUUGCCAUGGCAAGAUCCCCGAACCACCCUUACGCACCGCCUAGUGGCGAUGACGACGUUAUUGGCUGCUGCUACGUUUUCUCCGAAAGAGUCGUCUUCUUUACCCGAAAUGGGAUGGAUCUGGGAACUGCAUUCAAUAAAGUCAGUGUUGACGGCCCAGUUUAUCCUGCCAUGCUAAUUGAAGGAGCUGCUCAUAUUUCCACCAACUUUGGCCAAAGGGAUUUUGUUUAUGAUAUUUCGUCUGAUGUUUUGCAAAGGAAACAAGAGGCUCUUGAAAACCUCAAAAUUGAGAGUCUCGAUUUCCAGAAGCACCAGCCAAAGAAAGUCGAGCCAAAUCUGAUCAUGAACAAAGCCAUUGCCGACUAUCUUACCCACAUUGGGUUUGUUGAUACGGCCAAUGUGCUUUUAGAGCAGCUGAACGGGUCAGCGCUGGCUGAGCCGGCCCAAGCGUUUCCAAAUGAGGCCAAGAAAAAGCGUUUGGCCAUUCGGGAAGCUGUUUUGGCCGGAAACUUUUCCAAGGCCCUCGAGCACAUUGGUGACGACAUUCUGAAUGCCCAACCUCAACUAAACAUUGAAAUCGGCUGCUACGUGAUCGCCAAAGCAAUCCUGGAUGGCAAUCCCAUUCUGGCACUAGAGAUUUGCCGGGAUCUCCAUGGGCGCUAUAAGGACGACAAGACCCCGGAAGCGGUCGCGAAACUGAAAAUCAUGUAUGAGCUCCUGGCUAGCCCGCCCGACGCAAUUCCCGAUACAUAUCGGCCAACUGGGUAUUUAAACCUGUAUGAACACAUCAACAGUGCGGUUUUACAGCAAAUGGGCUAUUCCACCGAGGCCGUGCUUCCGCGUUAUUUGACCCAGGCGGCAGUGCUCUUACGGUUAGCGUCCAGUGAACAAAACGAAUGCUCGAUGGUGCGGUUCCGCGAUUAUAUCCCCGAACGAUACUGA